AUGUCAUCUGACCAGACUUCUCAGUCCACUGUGCCACCUCUCCACUCUCCAAAGUCACCUGUGUGGCCAAUUUUCCCUUUUAACAGAGAGGGAAGCCGGAUCUGUGAGAGAGGUGCCCACCUUCUUCGGGACUUACCCAGCCCACUUCCCACAAAAAGAACCAGGACAUACUCUGCGUAAGUAACCAGACUGUGCCACUAAGUUAGGAAUCACCAGGGUCAUUUUUUUCCAUCCUAAAAUUGGUUAACAAUUAGACUUUGACAAUGUGGAAUAUUGGGCAAGGGGGCUUGGGGAGAGGAGGAAUUGAGUUUUUUCUGAUUUGUACACAUUAUUUGAUUGUGGUCGAUUUCUGACAGAGUUCUUUCAGACUUUGAUGGAAAGUGGUAGUGUGAUAAGACCACGAUGACACUAUUUUCUGAUAACGUCGGUUAAUUCCAUGUCAAAUAGUCCUAUUGAAUAAUUUUGUAUUCAUAUCCCAGAGUUUUCUGAGCAGUCCUUGGGACAAACUAUGAAUCUUGCAGUUCAUGAGCAAUGCUGCCCUUUCUUGGACCCCAUCAAUUGUACGACCUGUAUGGCUUUGAGGAACCUUACUCAUCUGGACUAGAGUUUAAACAUUUGGGGGGGGGAGGGGAAGAACUCUAAAGCAAAGUAAGAGUUUCCUUACCAACAAUUCACUCUUCUAAUUCAAACUUCUCCCGACAUUCCUAGCUAUGGUGGUUGUUGAAUUGAGAGAUGUUAAAUUGUGCAAGUUGCUUUUUAAUGUAAGUUUUUUAAAAAAUGAUAUCCUGGCAGGUUUCAAAAAAGGUUUUGAGGCUUUGCUAAAUUUGUAUAAAAUUUUGUUCCAUCUAUAGUCUGGACUGUGGGGGGGGGGAAAUGGGAGCCUUGAAACCAUGACGUUGUGUAGAAAGGUAACACAUGAACAUUUUCCUGGCUGGAAAUGGCAGUGUGGUUUAGACUGAGUCUCAAACCUCUUUCUUCUUCUUAGGACGGCUCGUGCUUCCGCUGGUCCUGUCUACAAGGGUGUAUGUAAGCAGUUUUCACGCUCCCAAGGCCACGGCUUCAUCACCCCAGAGAGUGGCACAGAGGACAUAUUUGUACACGUGUCUGAGUAAGUUCCAUGGCUGCAGAGCCUUUAACAUCUUAUGUUAUGAUGCAAGUAUCUCAUGUCUGAACAGUCACUGCUCCUUUCUCUCUCCCAAACCCUACUUGUGUCAACAGUAUCAUUGUAAGGACACAUUUAUGAAGGAGCCCUGUUACCUGGAUGUUGAUAGAUUUAUUAAUAAUAGCGAUGACAAAUUAAACAGAAAAUUAAGAAACUGCUGAAAUGUUGUUUACUUUUUCUUUUUCAGCAUUGAGGGGGAAUAUGUUCCAGUAGAAGGAGAUGAGGUCACAUACAAAAUCUGCCCCAUCCCACCAAAGAACCAGAAGUUCCAGGCUGUGGAGGUGGUGCUUACCCAUUUAGCUCCACACACAAAGCAUGAAACGUGGUCUGGCCAAAUCAUUGGAUCGUAA